AUGUCCAUGGGUACCUUUCGAGUCCGUCUGAACUGCAUCGACCAUUACCAAGCCUUACCCUUCGAAGAGUUCGAUCCUUUCCUCCCACAGGAUGUUGCCAGCCAGCAUGCAAGAGACCGACCGCGGAUCUCGGUUAUUCGCGUCUUCGGCGCCACAGAGACCGGUCAGAAAGUGCUAAUGCACAUUCACGGAGCUCUUCAAUACACCUACAUUGAGUACAGUGGUAGUCUGGCACCUGAGGAUGUGGAUGUGGCUAUCCGUACGCUCCAGCUCUCCAUCGAUCAUGCUCUCGCGCUUAGCUAUCGCAAGAACAUUUAUGAGGGAAAGCAUCGAUAUGUCGGCCACAUUUCUCUGGUCAAAGGCGUGCCGUUCUACGGAUACCACGUUGGAUACAAGUACUAUCUCAAAAUCUACCUGCUCAACCCUUUGCACAUGACGAGACUGGCCGAUCUUCUUCGUGACGGUGCGGUGAUGAAAAGAGUCUUACAACCUUACGAAAGCCACAUGCAAUACCUGGCGCAAUGGAUGUGCGACUACAAUCUUUAUGGCUGCGGCUACAUUGAAUGUGCCAGAGUCAAGUUUCGCUCACCUGUCCCAAAAUACUUUGACAUGACCAAUCCCAUGCACCAAUGGCACGAUCACUCGAUUCCUCCGGGUUGCAUUUCUGCUGACGGCGUCCUCCCGAAGCAGAGCCAUUGCGAGCUUGAGGUCGAUGUCCAUGUCAAAGAUAUCCUCAAUCGCCAAAACGUGGAAGCCCGGCCCCUCCAUCAUGAUUUCAUUGAACGACUUGAUCCAAUUCCAGCUGAUGCCAAAUUGGUCCAGAGCAUGGCAGGUCUCUGGAAAGACGAGACGCGGCGCAGGAAACUCCGCAUGGGCCUGAAAGAUCCUAAGAGCAGUCCAUUUCCACCGGAAGUCCUGAUUUCCAUGUCGGCAGACCCAAGAAAUACCUCUGCUGGAGGAUGGAUUCAUGAAGAAGAGUACCGUGAGAGACUCGGUCAACUGGCUGUUGAAGAGCACGAGAACAGUGACAGACGAAAAAUCUCCUUUGACACCUUUGUGAGGCCUACUGCUAUGGAGACCAGUGUACAGACAGCGCUCGAGAGCGUUGAAGAUCUUUACCCGGACAAGCUAGGGCGACGGUGGAGCUCCGGGAACGAAAGACCAGCACCGUCGGAGGAGGGACCUGAUCAGGUCCUUGUCGACGAAGCUCGGGCAGAAAAUCUUGCUGAAGCCAGCGAAUCUGACCCGAGCUCCGAAGAAGCCCAUGCAGCAAACGAAGCAUCGCUCGAGCCUGCAGCUACCAUGGACGACAACAAUUCCAGGAGCAAUGGAAUCCCAACCGACCAAGUGUCGUCGCCGAUCAGUUCUUCCGAAUAUCAAAAACACGGCAUCCGUCCUGCAGGGGAUACAGCGCGUCUAGAUGAGGAUGCUUUUGAGGUACCCGAAGAGUACGUUACCCGUAAAUUCGACUCUUCCACCGGCACCAAACGACCCAGGUUCGCACAAGCACCGACAUUCCGACCAAGGAAAAGACGGAGGCAGCUAAUUGACGAAGAUAAUGUCCUCCCCGACAUCACUUUCUCCGGUUCGGACGAAGACCCAGACUUCGCGACUGACGGCAACGGGUUUGGUGAUGGUGACGAGCCGACUGAAGAAGAAAUGGACGGCGUUCGUUUACCUCGAAGUACAGUCACUGGCUUGCCAGCAACUGGUCAGCAUCAGUCGGAACCGAAUAAUCCGUCACAAGAACGUCCCAACUCUGUCGAACUUUCACAACAAUCAACCCUAAGCUUUCCAACCGUCAAAAAUCCUCAUGACCCGGACACAGGCCUUCGCCUGAGUCAAAAGAGCAACACCUCUGAGAAGUCUCCGCAGACUGACUCCAACAAACAGCCGACGUACGCUGCCAUGCCUGAAACUCCCCUCAAGAGCGUACCGAGCUCAUCGCAACAGACACUCAUCCCUCCAGCUACAGGUCGAAGCAAUGACUUGGCACAAGACUUCGACUUCCAACUCCAAGGUCUUCGAGUGCCAGUCAAAGAUGCGUCUUUGCUAAUAUACCAAUCUCGGCCACCGAACGUUCAAGAGGUCAGAACAACAAUGUGGCAACAUGGUCUUCCCAACGUCCUCUUUCAAGAAGCAUAUUACAGCAAUGAGGAUGAUGUACCCGAGCAAGCAAGAGCAUACGCAGGCCGUGAAUUCAAACUCGAAAGCAACACUGUCCCAUAUCUGCCUGACUUCGACCCGACUGGUACAUCCCCCGCAUGUUUCGGUCGACGAGCGCCAGUGCUGGUGGAUGUUCCUGCGGAGCAAGUGCGGGACAAUCAAAGACGUAAACGUUGCACAAUCAAGGAAUGGGUCAUCGCGGAUACGCCGCCGCGAAAGGUGGACGUGCUUUCCUGGCUGCAGGAAGAGCAGAAAGCUGCAACUGAAGAAUCGAUUUCUACGACCAAACCAUCAUCCUCCAAGAAGGCACUUUCACAGAUUGAUGGGCCGACGCAGAAAAGCCGGUAUGGAUUCAAAUAUUCCCAAAAGCAGCCCAGCACGAGCGUCCAGCACGAAACACAAUACAUGAGUAUCAUGGCUCUCGAAGUACAUGUCAACACUCGUGGUUCGCUUGCUCCGAAUCCUGAUGAAGAUGCCGUCGCUUGCGUCUUUUGGUGUGUGCAGACUGACGAUGAGGACAUCGAGAGCAAGGGCAGCAAGGAAGGGAUUCACAAAGGGAUUCUGACAGUCGCUGACGAGCCACACAAGGCUAAGAAGCUAGGCCGCAACGUGUCUUUUGAUGUUGAAGAGGAGGCCACCGAACUCGACCUUCUCACGAGGCUCGUCGACAUUGUCCGGCUUUACGACCCUGAUAUUUUGACAGGAUAUGAAGUGCACAACAGUUCCUGGGGAUAUCUCAUUGAACGGGCACGUGUCAAAUACGACCUGAACUACUGCGAUGAGCUCUCUCGAAUGAAGUCUCAGUCUCAUGGCCGAUUCGGAAGAGAGGACGACAGAUGGGGUUUCAACCAUACUUCGACUAUUCGGGUUACCGGGCGCCAUACCAUCAACAUCUGGAGGGCAAUGCGCGGUGAAUUGAACCUGCUUCAAUACACCAUGGAAAAUGUCGUCUAUCAUUUGUUGCAUCAAAGAAUACCUCACUACAGCUUUGCUGAUUUGACAAAGUGGUACAAGAGCAAGAACCCGCGCGAUUUGGCAAAGGUCAUUGACUACUUCUCCAAUCGAGUGGAGAUUGGCAUUCAGAUUCUGGAAGCGAAUGAGCUGGUCCCGCGAACAAGCGAACAAGCACGUUUACUGGGUGUGGACUGGUUCUCUGUCAUUUCUCGCGGCUCCCAGUUCAAGGUCGAAUCUUUGAUGUUUCGUAUCGCGAAACCGGAGAAUUUCAUACUGGUAUCACCCAGCAGAAGACAGGUCGGAGGACAGAACGCCCUGGAAUGUCUGCCACUGGUGAUGGAGCCUCAAAGCAAUUUCUACACAAGUCCCAUGCUAGUCCUGGAUUUUCAGUCUCUUUAUCCCAGCGUCAUGAUCGCUUACAACUACUGUUAUUCGACUUUCCUUGGUCGGGUCGUCAGCUGGCGAGGCACGAACAAGAUGGGCUUCACGGAUUAUCGUCGAGAGCCCAGGUUGCUGGAGCUCUUGAAAGACUACAUCAACAUCGCCCCCAAUGGCAUCAUGUAUGCGAAGCCCGAGAUUCGGAAAUCGUUGCUGGCCAAAAUGCUCAGCGAAAUCCUCGAGACCCGAGUGAUGGUCAAGAGCGGCAUGAAAGUCGACAAAGACGACAAGACACUGCAACGUCUAUUGAACAACAGACAACUUGCACUCAAGCUCAUCGCGAAUGUCACCUACGGCUAUACCUCCGCGUCUUUCUCGGGGCGGAUGCCUUGCUCCGAGAUUGCAGACAGUAUUGUCCAGACCGGUCGUGAAACUCUGGAGAAAGCAAUCGCUCUGAUACAUUCGGUGGAACGAUGGGGUGCUGAGGUUGUCUACGGCGACACCGACAGCCUCUUCGUCUACUUGAAAGGUCGGACGAGGGAGCAGGCCUUUGACAUUGGAGAAGAGAUUGCAGACACCAUCACCAAGAUGAACCCACGCCCAGUCAAGCUCAAGUUUGAGAAAGUCUACCACCCUUGUGUCCUACUGGCAAAGAAACGAUAUGUCGGCUUCAAGUACGAAAGUCGGAACCAGACUGUCCCCGAAUUCGACGCCAAAGGCAUUGAGACGGUACGUCGCGACGGCACUCCCGCAGAACAGAAGAUCGAGGAGACUGCGUUGAAGGUUCUUUUCCGCACAUCGGACCUUAGUCAAGUCAAGAGCUUCUUCCAAGCACAAUGCGCCAAGAUCAUGCGUGGCAAAGUGUCGAUCCAAGAUUUCUGCUUUGCAAGGGAAGUCAAGCUCGGCACCUACAGUGACAAAGGUCCACCACCUCCAGGGGCACUCAUCAGUGCCCGGAAGAUGUUGGAAGACCCGAGGCUCGAACCUCAAUACGGAGAGCGAGUGCCGUACGUGGUGAUCACCGGUGGUCCUGGCGCCAGACUCAUUGAUCGGUGUGUAGCACCGGAGGUGUUGCUCAACGAUGCACAUUCAGAGCUGGAUGCCGAAUACUAUAUCUCGAAGAACAUCAUCCCGCCUCUCGAGCGGAUCUUCAACUUGGUGGGAGCGAACGUGCGACAAUGGUACGACGAGAUGCCCAAAUAUCAGCGCAUCAGGAGGGUCGAAGCAGGGCUUAUCACCGAUGGCAAAGACAUGGGGUUGGCGAAGAAGACCACUCUGGAGUCGUACAUGAAGUCUUCAACGUGCUUGGUCUGUCGUCAAGCCUUGGACACCGAGUCCGCAUUGUGCAGCAGUUGCUUGCAGCAAUCUUCUCGCAGCUUGCUCGAACUCCGGUCCAGACUUGUGAAAGCAGAACGGAAUGUCACCCAGUUGGCGAAGAUAUGCCGGUCUUGUGCGGGAUGGGAUUGGAAUGAGGAGGUUCGAUGUGACAGCAAGGAUUGUCCCGUUUUUUAUUCUCGAACAAGGCACAAGGCUGCUUUGGUCAAUGAGAAGGCUACACUGCUACCGGUCAUUGGGACUUUAGAAAAGGCAGCGAACGAUGGCUUGGACUGGUGA